AUGGGGCCAACCUUGAGUUAAAGUUAAAAACCGUAGUAGACCUCCUAUCGGGAAAAAACAAAUUGCACAAGCAGUAUAUUUGCCAAAAUAAAAAGAAAACUGACUGGGUUUCCUAAGGUGGUGGGGAAAACUCGACCCAAAAAUAAUCAUAUGAAUGAAACUCACGGGUACGCGUCAGCAUUUGCGAAUUCGCCACGUAGUCGAAAUCGCGUUAAUUUAGUGCUGAAAUAGUGAUUUACGCGUAAUUAAUUUUUGUUUUUAGUGAUAACGGUUGUUAAUUGGGGCGGUGUUUUUUGAGUUAAAGUGACAAUGGGGAUGAUAACUAGAGUUCGGGGACGGUUACGUAGUUUACAUACACUCCCGAAACUGGAUGAGAAAGUUCGUGAUGAGAAAAUAGCAGAAACAGUUUGUCUACUCUCAGUACUCUUUCUCCUCCCAUACUGUUCCAGAGGCCACGCCCCCUUACUGCUUAGCCUCGGAAGCUGGUUUGUCACCACUUACUCAUUCCUGGUACUACCACUUCUCAUCUCAGCCAACUACAAGUACCCAGUAAAAUGGCUAAGGCAAAUCACACGUAAAUUACCAGGUUUGGUGAACAAAUAUUCCAGACCCGCCUGGAAUAUAAUUUGUAAAAUCUACGCCCCGUUGGACAAAUGCGAAAGAAGUUUCAUCAAUAUGAAAAAUAUAUCCAACUUGACCACGCAACUGGUGUUCUUCAUGCUCUGCGACCGCGUCCUCCUCUGCAGCUUCGGAGGACAAAACUGUCCACAAAAAAAAGUUACGGGACUCUACUCCCUGAUGUUCUACAACGUAAUCGCUUACUGUGUCAGUUACAUCAAAGAACUAAUCGAGAAAGAAGACUGGUCGGUAACUGUAAACAUGACGGAGCACAGUAACAUCAAACACCUCGCCAUGUCCGCCACUAAAAUCGUCCUGGAAUGGACUAAAGCCGUAACUUUUAUCAUUACAGUUACGUUUAUGCUGUUGGUGUUUGGACUUGAGCAAGGCUUAGAGCAUUACCAUCCGACUGCCCUCUAUACUUUUAUCACAUGGACUUACUACAUGUGCACGGAAAAAGUAUUUGCAGAACUGUUCUUGCCUUUAUUGGUGUUUUUAAAGAUCGAAUCCCUAGAGACUCUGGAGCAAUUCUACGCUCCAGUUUUUCUGCGUUACUACACAGUUGGAGUGGCCACGAUAAUUUCCAUAAUAUUAUUUUUUUACGGACAAUUUCAAUUUGCUUUGUUCGCGUUUUAUCUUACCGUUUAUUUGAGGGCGAAAGACACUUUUUUCAAUUAUAUGAGGACUUUGCAGAAGGAGAAAGAGGUGCUGGGGCAGUUCAGGAACGCCACCAGUGAAGAGAUCGAAAAUUGCGAUGACGUAUGUGCGGUAUGCUUAAGUCCUAUGGUUAAGGCUAAGGUGACGCCUUGUCAGCAUAUGUUUCAUGCAAUGUGCUUGAGGCAGUGCCUCAGUAAUUCUAAUAAUUGCCCUAUGUGUAAGAGAGAGUACGUUUUUGUGCAUUGAUGGGGUUAUUGAGGGUUUUUAUUGGAGUGGUAGGCUCGAAAUUUACAGUAAUUUGGUGAUGAAGUUUAAUGUUUAAUAAGAAAAUCAGAAGAAGGUUGAGGCAGAAGAUACUAUUAAUUUUGCUUACAGUGCAAUAGACAUUUUUCUAAGAAAAUUCAGAAUAUUAGAAAUAGAGUAACACGUCCUUGGUUUUUAAUAUUUCCAAAAAGAGCACAAUUUUGGGACUUUUUUUUUAAUUUUCUAAAAACUAAAUAAACAGAGGUUGUUAUAGGUAUUGUGUAUUGUAUAAAUGUAUUUUUUUCAGGCUUUCCUAAAGGAAAUAAAGGAGUUUCAAAAUUAUCAUUUAAUUUGGUCACAAACUGUAUUUUUUAAUUAAACUGCAAAACAUUGAUUUUGAGAUAAAUUUUAAUAUUUAAAAAAAAUUCCUAUAAAACAGGUUUUUAUGAAAAUAAGAUUUUUCUAGUAUUUAUUAUUAUACAAAAGAUACACAACAAUUAUAAAAAGUAUAAAGGCCACUUAAAUAUGAGAAUAAAACUAAAAGUUCUGAAUUGUUUGUAAGGGAGAACACUAAUAUCUAAAAAUAAACCUCUACUAAUAAAAAAAGUUAAAAAUUGAUUAAAAAUGUAUAAAUAAAGUUAACGUAAGACACACAAUGUAAAGACCCAGACACUCACACAUAUAAGAUAAAAUGAACAAAACUUACAACCUAUCUAAAAUAAAUUUGUUUAAAAGCUUCUUAAACUGUGUUAAAUUAUCACAGGUUUUAAUGACCACACGUAAUUUAUUGAAUUCUAUUAAGCCUCUGUACAAGACAGAGUUGAUCAACUGAUUUGUGUUACAUCUGUCUAUCAGUAUAAAAUAUGUGCGAUUUCUACUACCAUAAUUAUGUAGGGGAGAGUGGGGCAUAGCGGAAUGAUAUUUCUAUUUUUUUAGUUGGCGAUCUUAAUAUUUAAAAAGGUGUAAAAAUGCUGUCAAUCAAAAGUUUAGACUCUUCUUUAAAAAGGUCAGUGAUAAAAUAUAUCUAAGGUGAACGGUUUUUGUAAAAAAAAAUAAAAAAAAAAAAGAGAAAAUCAUUCCACUUUUCACACAGCGUUUACUUUGACGAUGUUCCGGGUCUUUCUUUUUGCUUUCAAAAACUUUUUUUUUACAGUAACUAACUUCAUGGGAGUUGGACUGUUUUUUUCUAGCAGUUCAUGAUAAUACGGACUUACGUGUUGUUGGUUUCUGUUUAGUACUCUGCUGCACCUGGGGUACCGGUAUAAUGUCACGGGGACUGCAAAUUUGGUUUUCAGUCAAAAGACCUGUCUCCUUUAGAACUUCUGGAGAACAGGAAGGAGAGACAUUUGAAGAACAAGAAUGAAUUGAUAACAAAGGGACUGGUUCCACUACUACUUUUGGGAAACAUGGGGGCAUUUUGCCUACACGCUUGCUGCAAGAAGGAAGAGCUUUUUUAUCCUUUUCAGUUAUUUUUAACACAAAAUCUUUAUCGGAAGCUGGUACCGCUACUAUUUUCGACGAACAUGAUGGUAUUUCGUCUUCAACAUCUUUGCUGCAGGAAGGAAUGGCUUUUUUAUCACCUUGCUUAGCAGUUCCUUUUGAUCAGCAGUUGGUUUGACAUGUCGUAAAAAGUGAUCGAACCAUGUUGGGCAAAAUAUGUCUGUGUUCAUCCAUCCUGAAGGAUGGCAUACAAGUUUUGUAUCAGGCGGUGUCCCCUCUAACAAUUCUAAAUUUUCUCUUACUCUUGGAAAUAUCAUUAAUGGGGGAAUAUAUCUCCCUGCUGCAUUAAAACAAAUAACUGACGUAGUUGUCGUCCCCCUUUCUGCUGAACUAAGUGUUCCUACUUGCUUUUUGCCUUUAGACGCAAUCACUUUUGACGGUUUGUUUGGAACCGUUGUGAUUCCUGUCUCGUCCACAUUAUGAAUUUGGCUUGGCGAGAAUUUGUAGCGAUCAUAUAGUUCAAUGAGCAGGCUAAAAAAGGCAGAAACAGUAUGCCGGUUAAAGGCCGUAGCUCUAGCGAUUGAGGUUUUUUCGGGAGUUCGCAGAGAAAGCCUUGAUUUCCGCUUUAAAAAGGCUAAAACCCAAUCUUUUCCCGCCUUUCCUUUCUCAUUAUUAAAUGGAUGGCUUAUCCCGUUCCUUACAGCGAACUGAUAGGCUAGAUGCCUUAAGUCUGAUAUGCUUAAGCCAAAGUAUCUGCUCUCCAUGAACAGACAGUGUUCAGCAAGCUGUUGCUCUUGUGGUGUAAAACAACGAGUAAAUCUGCCUUUUUCUUGAAGCUUCCUCGGACGCGCAGUUUUUUUUAGCUCUUCGAAACAAUGUUGUUUGUGGCACAUUAUAGCUAAGAGCUGCCUGCUCAUAGCUCAAACGAUUUGCUCGAACUGCUGUAAUAGCGUUGACCAUAUCUUCCUCAUCCCAAACAUGUUGUGUGGAUUUACGGACAUAAUUUCUAACCAUUUUUGUCGGACCUCUAAAAAAAAAUAGGAAUAAAAAAUAAGCAUAUGCAUUCGAAUGAAUCUAGUUUAAAUAUUGUUUUUCUAAUGGGGCAAAGUGGACUGCAUUCCACUUUGCCCCUUUUGACAUUUUCCACUUUGCCCCAUUUGGCAUCUUUUUAAUAAAUGUUUGUUUUUUUUUAACAACUGUGAUUUGAUCCAUCUAUAUUAUUUAGUACACUUAGUUAUAUGUCCUACCUUGAAAAUAGCUGCUACAGUUUUUGUUAAAAUAUCACAAUCCAGAUUUUAACACAAAUUUAUCACCUUAAGAAAUAAACAAAUAUCCACCAGUUUCACAUAACGUCAAAAAUCUAAACAGCACAUACGCGCAGUGUUCACCGCUUGACGUACUGAAAUGAACCGCUAAUUUACCACGUGUUUUGGGCAAUGACUUACCAAUGCGACGUUACCAUAUGUAUAAUUCCACUUUGCCCCUCAUUCCGCUUUGCCCCACUCUCCCCUAUAUCUUUAAAAACUGUUAAUUUAUCACAGGCGUAGGUAGGUAAAAGCUGUUAACAAGGUAAAACCAAGAUAAUACCUAAAGAAUAUACAAAUAUCUCAAUAUGUAUUUUAUAUAUAUACAGAGUGUCUUAUAAAUAAUGGUAAAUAAUUUAAGAGCAGAUUUCUUAAAAAAAAAUGAGGUUAAGUUCAAUUUUCCUAGUUCGACAGUCAAAAACAACCAAUAUACAGGGCGAUAAAUUUAAUGUAAUUUUUUUGAAUUUUGGCCACAAAUUUAGCAUUUACUAUUCGUUAUUAACAUUUGGACAAUGGCUGGCUCUUUUUUUGAUAUAGCAAAUCUUAAAAUUAACCUUUUUUAAAAUUAUGUCAGCGCCACAAGCAACAUUUUUAUUUUUUUUAACUCAGUAAUUUUGUUAGGCUUCGCAUAAUUUAAUUUUUUAAUUAAAAUAUGCAUUGUGCAAACAGUUUUGGCUUAAAAGGUUGAAUCUAAUUUAAUCAAAUCGAAUCAACAAUCUAAUGAGGUAAAGGCUGGACUUCGUGCGGGCCAAAGUCUUCGACUUCCACGUCAUAUGCAAUAAGUUAUAAUAAAUCACAAUAACUAACAGAACUAACAAUAAGAACUUAAAAAUAAACAAAUAGACACUAAUUGAAAGUACUCGUCCAUUAUCUUAAAGAGACCUACGUAAGUAGAGAAAAAAUAAAUAAAAACUCCAAGCCUCGGUCUUAAAACAUUCUUUAUAUAUGUCCUGAAGGUUACAUGUUUUUCGCUAAUAAAGCAUCAUCAGACCUUAUAAACUAGAUGACCUGCUUAGUACUUAGUACGCAUUACUAGUUGUCUGACAAAUAUAAAGGAUGUUUUGAGACCGAGACAUGGAGUUUUUAUUUAUUUUUUCUCUCCAAAUAGACACUAAACAUAAUUCUUUGGUUGACAGACAGCAUAUUUAGGACACUUAACAUAGAUUUCACAGCAGUUAAACGAUUACAUUUUAAAAUCAGUCUCAUAGCUCUGUUUUGGAUUAUUUCCAAUUGGUUAAUUUUGCAUUGGGGUAAAUUAAAUAGCAAUGUUGAGCAAAACUGCAAAUUUAGUGGCAUUAUAUAAUAUCAAUGUUGUGUGCAUUGACAAAUUGUUUUUCUAAAAAAAAACAAUUUUUUUAAAGAAUUUUUUCAUUAUGCAUGAUAAUUUAAGUGCACAUUUAAAAUUACCCCCAGAUAUUUAAUUUCUUUUUCGUAAGCAAUAUUUUUCCUAUUUACUUAUUUACUUUCCGUAUAUUAUCAAUGUCAAGUUCACUAUGAAGAAUUAUUGACAUUAAUAGAAAUUAUUUCAAAUUUUCUAAUUAUAUUAAUUAUUAUGUCUUGUGUUGUUGUUUUUUGACUACUUUGACCAUAUCAUUAAUAUAUAAUAGAAACAGUACUAGCCCCAACACUGUUGACUGUGGUACACCAAAGGUUACACAUAUAACAUCAGACAAACAAUUCAUAAACUUAACACGUCUUGGAAAAUAGAUAUUUAAUUUCAAAUCUUUUAUUUACAGUGGCACCAAAUCAUGAAAAUCCCAAGACAAAAGUAGCUAAUUUUGUAGAAAUUCAUUGCUUUUUUAAAAUUAAAUUUAUUUUAUUAACUUUUCUUUUGCGCUAUUUAAGCCCAAAAUGAAAAGUAAUGAAGCUUAUUUGAAAAACCCACUUUUUUAAUUAUUGACCCAAACUGCCUAGAAAAACGUUUAGAAUUUUAAUAUUGUGGGAGUAAAAUCACUAAAAAACCACAGAUAAAAACAUCCAAUUUAUUUGAGUCACGAAGUGCCUGGAAAACUGAUUUUUGUAGCUUUUGUAGCUUAUGGCAUAUUUUGAUUUGAAAUAUCACCUUAGGCGCGACAUAUCUUAUCUUAAUUUCUAGUGCAUCCGAAAAAACAAACAUAUUUUUAUUGAGUCUGGUGUUCUAAUACAAAUUGCUUUUUUGGCGCCCAGCCCGAAUCGAAAAUACCCGUUUAUCUCCCUUGUUUUCCAAAAAUAUCCAUUAAUUUAUUAUUAAUUACGUUUUUAAGAAAAUCAGGCGUCGACAAGACAACCUAAAUUAGAUUUUCAUUUGGGUCAACUUUGUUUUGAUGUGAUAGUGGGUCAUUUUAUAUGGCAACCAAUUUUUCAUCUUAUAAGUAAAAAUUUAUUUUUAGAUGCAUUUUGUUUACGUAACUGUCCACAGUUAUCAUCCAUAGAAAUCACACCAUCACCACGACCACCACAAUAAUAAUAAAAAAAAAUUGUUUAGUUUCGAGCUUGCUUGCCAAUUUCUGGUAUUUAUACACUCGGUGCCUCUCUCUAUCUGCUUAGGAGCGAAAAUAAAGUUAUUUUUGAUUUUUUUUACGCAUCUAAGUUUUUUUUGUUUUGAUUGUAUAUGUAUUUAUAAGUAUGGAGAACAUUUGACUGCUUUUACUUUAGGAUAAUUUUGUACGUUUUAUAGCAUUAUAGGGUUAGGUUAGGCUGCUUUUGUAGAAUUUUUAGGAAAUUUAUGAUUUAAUUUGUUUGAAGCCACCAUAGGGUGGAAUUUUUAUAUUUUAAUUAAAAUUAAAAUUAAGUAGAGGAUAA